AUGGCGACCCAGACAGUGUUAUUCUUGACCAACAAAGAGCUAGGACAGGCUACGGCAGUUCUAACUGUUGCCCAUGAGUUCCUCAUCCGACAGUCAUACACAGUUCAUAUCGCCUCAUUUCCGCAACUAGAAAAUGCCGUAUCCCAGCUGAAUUCCCAAGCUGCUGCUCUAACACAGUCCGCAUCCACCACAGCAGCAAUCUUCCACUCUCUCCCAGGCCGGUGCAUGGUCGACGCUGCAACGUCAUCAAUGCCACUCAGUGACUCUUUUGCCGCUCACCAGAUCGGGUUCUUUGGCGCUCUUGAUUCGUAUUCGAAAUUGUUUGAGUUCAUGGCACCUUGGACUGGUGAUGAAUACAUCGCAGUUUACCAGAGAUGUGUUGAGAUCAUCACGCAAGUGCAGCCAUCGAUUGUCGUUGUGGAACCGCUUCUCGCCCAGGCCAUCGAUGCGUGUCGCCAACUCGGUUGCAAGUACGCGGUGUUGAGUCCCAAUACUGCCAAGGACCACGUUCUACAGCCCAUGCUAGGCAAUCUUUGGAAAUACCCAAUUCUCAGUUCUGGAUACCCAUUCCCAGUCCCCUGGAAAUACAUCUUACCGAAUGCCCUUCUCGCUCUCAAUGCGGCAAUCAAAAUGGUGAGGUCACCCGCUAUCAAGACAAUCAAUGAUCGUCGUCACGCCGAAGGCAUUGAGGGACCCUACCCAGUCAUGGCAGCCAGUGAAGGAAACCCAAUCCCACUGCUGUUGGCUUCCCACGCGGAAAUCGAUUUCCCGUGCUUUGUUCCAAGCUACAUUACACGUUGCGGUCCAAUCCUGCGUCCCUAUCGCCCUAUCAGUGAAGAAAGCCCGGAAAUAGCUAAAUGGCUAUCCCAGAGACCUACGAUUCUGGUGAAUUUCGGAUCCAAUGUGUGCUUCAAUAGCGAGCAGGCGAGGAAUUUCGCCCACGGAGUACGCAGGCUGCUGGAUGCUAGGCCGGACGUUCAGGUGCUUUGGAAGCUGAAAGUUGACCGUGAUAACGGGGAUGCAGAUUGGGUACCUAUGGCUCUGAAGAGUAUAUUCACUGAAGUGACUGCUGGGCGUGUUCGUGUGGAGGAAUGGCUGCCUGUCGAGCCGAUUUGUAUUCUCCAGAGCGGACAUAUAUGCUGCAUGGUUCACCAUGGAGGGGCAAACUCAUACAACGAAGCUAUUCGGGCUGGUGUACCACAGAUCGUGAUCCCUGUGUGGUACGACACAUACGAAUACGCAGCGCGCGUUGAGUACUUGGGUGUGGGAAUUUGGGGAAGCAAAAAGACUGCACCUGCGAUCAAUGGACCCGAACUAGGUGAUGCAUUCCUCCGUGUCCUGGAUAGUGAGGAGUCAUCCACCAUGCAAGAGAAAGCGAAGGCGAUUGCGUCAAAGCUCGGGCCUGUGGAAGGACGAGUCGUGGCGUGCGAGAAGCUCAUUGAAUUGAUGCAAGGAUAA